CCUUUUUUUUCCCUUAACUUCCCGAAGUCCAAAAUUCAAACAAUUAUCCAACUCGGACCCAGUCAACGACGCCGGCUAUCGCUCUCCACCCCGCUGCCAUUGAGAGCCAUCCUCUUCUCCAGGGCCUCCCUCGCCGUUGUCUGUCAUUCUUUUCUACGGCUUGCUCGCAUCCCCACGGUCCCUAUGUCCGCCACAACAUCCCGCGCCGUUCUGCGGCAUUCGCGAUAUCUGAUCCGGAAACCCGCCUUCAGAUCUGCCUCAACAACGGCCGAGGCUGCUUCUAAAUCCAAAGACGCUGCCACUUCUGCGGCGUCAAAAGCAUCUGCCGGUAUUUCCAAGGCUGCUGCCACUGCUGGCCCUGCUAUUAGCAAUGCUCUCUCCGGGCUUGGUGGAGCCCUCAGGAGAGUAGGUGGGCGAACGGGAAGGUUCAUCGCUUUCGUCGACUCAUUAAUACCUCCCACAAUUUACUACUCCAGAGUUGGCUUGGAGCUGUCGAAAAUAGUGUUCAGAGGACAGAAUAUGUCCCCGCCAAGCGUGGCCACUUUCACAGGAUACUACCAGCCUCUCCUCAGAUCUCUCCGCCAGCCAAAGACCUUCAUGUCACAGAUUUCUAAGUCUUUCAACCCAGAAUCUUUCCUCCUCUCCCUCCGGAACGUCGAUAAAAAGCAACUGGCCAUUGUCGGUGUCACGACUGCAGAAGUAAUUGGCUUUUUCUCCGUCGGCGAGAUUAUCGGGCGAUUCAAGCUUGUAGGAUAUCGGGGGGAGACUGCACAUGCGCAUUAGAUAAAUUAGGCCCGUUUUUUCGUUUAAAAAUCUCUGCAACAUAUCUCUCUCCUAACUCUCUUUUUGUUUGUCCAUUCUCGUAUUCUCCUCCGGCUGUAUGAUAGACGAUGGAAUUCCAAGCUGGUCUGUGGUCGCUGAGUCGCCUGCUUGGGUCCCUUCGUGUAAUUUUGUUGUCAGAUUAAAUCCUUCAAAAUUAGAUUUCCUUUGAUUGAACAUAGCUGUCUCAUUUAAAUAUUUUGUCUUCGCAA